AUGAGAGCUGCCGAGGCCCGCCUAGGCAAGCAACAGGACCAGCAGCAGCAACAGCAGCAGCAACAGCAGCAGCAAUGUCGACCCCAGCGGCUGUCCCCCACCAGCGCGCAGGCGCCAGACUCCACAACGCUCCCUCCACCACAGGAAGACAGAUCCGAGUCUCCUAUGAAGAGGCGCCGACGAAACGUAUCCCUGGACGUAACAACUCGCGACAGGAGGACGAUCCGAGUUCUCCAGGCCAACGUGGCCAAAAUAGGGGCCUAUCAUAGCAUAGCCCUACGACUAGCGGAAGCAGAAAACUACGACGUCGUGCUCAUCCAGGAACCGAACGUUUGGAUAGAAAAAGAAGGCGGAGCCUGCAGGACCCAGACGCACCGCUCCUUCCACGCAUUCGCCCCAGAACGCGCCUGGGAACCGGAUCAGGCCCCGAGAGUGAUCUCGUAUGUCCGGAACCACCCAGAUAUACGGGCAGAGCAACUCUGCCCCGCCCCUACGCGUGAUAUCCUGUGGCUCCGGCCUGGAGCCCGGAGUGCGAGGAACGGAAAGGACAUCGCCCAGUGGGCGGCCGACAAGGGGCUCGGACUGCUCACCACGCCAGGCGAGGCCACACACGCCCGCGGAAAUACCAUUGAUCUAGCCUUUGCCAAUAUCCCCUCUGCGGACGCGCUUAUCGAAGAGCACCUUCAUACCGGCUCGGACCAUUACACGAUCAGCAUUACGCUCCCCGGCGGAUUCCCCAAGGACGAUAGCUAG